AUGACUCGGAUGAUCUGGAGAGAUAAAAGUCCGAAUACUUCUGAAGUUGAUCAGUGCUCUGUUGGUUUAAUGGUCAACUAUCUCCGUGGGCUACUGGUAGCAGGGAGGAGAGACGUGUUGUUUUGUGAAGGUAUAUACCACCCGGCCUUCCCUGUGUGGAAGGACGACGUCCUUUCGGGAAGCUCGGCCAGAAUGUUUGUUUCAAAUGAAAUAUCAAAAUAA